AAACUGCUGAACAAACUGUAUGUAAUAAAUCAAUAAUAACACCAGACGAUGUAUUGACUCUGUCUAAAAUCACAGAUGGGUAUUUAUGUGCUCCAGAUGCAAAUAUAUAUAAUAUAGAUUUUAUACGUUUUAAAAUACGUGACCUUGAUACAGGMAUGGUAUUGUUUGAAAUUGCCAAGCCAUCUGUAAUACUUGACGAAAAUCAAACAGAAGGAAAAGUAGAAGAGACAGAUCUGAAUAGUGGCCGAUUUGUACGCUAUCAAUUUACACCCAAGUUUCUUAAACUAAAAUUGGUUGGAGCAACUGUGGAGUUUACUGUGGGAAAUAAGCCAGUUAAUAAGUUUCGAAUGAUUGAACGUCAUUAUUUCCGCAACAAAUUAUUAAAGACGUUUGACUUUGAAUUUGGUUUUUGCAUUCCACACAGCAAAAAUACAUGUGAACACAUAUACAAAUUUCCUAAUUUGGAUCCUGAAUUGAUUAAGGAAAUGAUCCAAAAUCCAUUUGAAACUAAAUCUGACAGUUUCUAUUUUGUUGAAGAUCGACUCAUAAUGCACAAUAAAGCUGAAUAUGCAUAUAAUGGCGGAGUUUAGUAGAACCGAGAGAACCUUUUUAUGUUAAAUUUUUUAUUUCAUAUGGCUUGAAUGUUGGUAAUAAAUAAUACCAUUAAGCAUACAAUUAAAAUAUAUGAAAUAAUUAAUAAUUAAACUAAGAUAAAUAACAUAUUAAUAAUGUUUUUACAACACAUUGUGUGGUCACAUUUCUCACAUUUUUGGAUGUGAAGUUGCACUUUAAAACAACAAGUUUUUAUAUUCAUUUCAAACCUAUUUGAACUCAAAUAUCACAGUGUUCUAUGAGUAUAACUUAUAAGCAUUAUUAUACAUUAUUUAAGUUACCUAAUAGAAUUUUUAAUUGUUAUGAGUCCCAUCAU